GCCAGCACCGCCCCGCGCCCGGCCACAUAAAUAGCGGGCGGCCGGCGCCGCUGCCACCCCAUCGCACCGACACCAUCCGAGCCGACGCACACUGAGCUAAGCCGAGCCGAGCCAAGCCAAGACGAACCAUGGACCCCCAGGACUGCACAUGUGCCGCUGGUGACUCCUGCUCCUGCGCCAGGUCCUGCAAGUGCAAGAACUGCCGCUGCCGGAGCUGCCGCAAGAGCUGCUGUUCCUGCUGCCCCGCCAGCUGCAGCAACUGCGCCAAGGGCUGCGUGUGCAAGGAGCCGGCCAGCAGCAAGUGCAGCUGCUGCCACUGAGCCGCUCGGCUCCGCCUGUAAAUAGCCGGCACGCUUCGGGGGCGGGGAGGGGGGCACGGAAAAAAACUUCUCUUUUUGUCAUGUUUUGUAUUUUCUGUACCAGUGGUGAAACUGGAUGGGAAUAAAGGAGUUUGUCUCGA